CGCCCGCAGGCAGCGCAACGACGACGAGAGGUUUGGUCCCCGACGGGGACUGGCACGAUCGCCGCGCGGUGUUUUAUCGCGGGCGUGCGAAAGUUAUCGUUAUUCCGUUUAAGUCACUGAUAACCGGCGCGGCUACCGAUUCACGUACGAGAUAACGGCAGCCGGGACUUCCCCGCCCGCUCCUCCCCGGCGAGAUCUCCUUGCGCUCGUCGCAUGCUGCGUUACGUAAUCGACGCGGGUCGUUUGUUGUACGCGUCGUUGACGAGGAUCCUCGUUUUCCUAUGGAGACACACGCUGAGGCAAUUGAUCGGAGGCUCUACAGAGCAGCAGGACUAUGUCGAGGGUGUGGUGUGCAAGCAGGAGGAUAUCAACGAGAAUGAGAUGAAACUGCUGCCGCUCGGAGAGGACGGGAGGAAGAUUUUGUUGGUGAGGCAGAAGGGAGAAUUGCACGCGAUUGGUACCAAGUGCACGCAUUACGGUGCCCUGCUGCAUACCGGCGCGUUAGGGGAGGGACGGGUGAGAUGCCCGUGGCACGGCGCGUGUUUCAACAUCAAGACCGGGGACAUUGAAGAUUAUCCAGGCUUGGAUUCUUUGCCCUGUUACAAGGUGCGCGUAGACGAAGCCGGUCUUGUCCACGUGAGGGCCAAGCGUAAGGACCUGGAGUUUAACAAGCGUACGAAGGACAUGUCCGCGCGCGACACUGAAAAUACAAGAACGGUCGUGAUAGUCGGCGGCGGGCCGUCGGGUGCGACGUGCGCGGAGAGUCUGCGACAGGAGGGCUUCACGGGACGCAUCGUUAUGGUGUGCAAAGAGAACGCGGUACCCUACGACCGAAUAAAGGUGUCCAAAGUGUUGGAUUUCGAUGUUCAGAAGGCGGCACUGAGGCCUCCCUCGUUUUACAACGACCACAAGAUCGAAACGAAACUUGGAGUAGAAGCGACAGGUCUAGAUACGACUCAGAAUAUUGUCAAACUGAGUAACAACGAGAACGUGAAGUACGAUUAUCUAUUUACUUGCACCGGCAGUAAGCCGAGGAUGCUAAGUGUACCUGGAGCGAAUCUAUCGAAUAUCUUUGUGCUGCGAGAUUAUACCGAUUCGCAAGGCGUAUAUGCGCUUCUGUCUCCCGAGAAACACGUAGUUGUCCUAGGAUUGGGCUUCAUCGGCAUGGAAGCCGCGGCUUAUUGCAUCGACAAGUGCGCGUCUGUCACGGUAAUAGGACGCGAUACCGUGCCGCUCAAAGCGAUAUUCGGCGCGGAGAUCGGCAACAGAAUUAAAAAAGAGCACGAGGCGAAAGGUGUGAAAUUCAUUUUCCAGAACAAUAUCAAGCAAUUUAUACCGAAGGAAGGUGACGAAAGUGCCGUGGCCAAGAUUGAACUUACGGACGGCCAGAUUCUACCGGCGGAUAUAGCUAUUGUUGGAAUAGGCUCGACGUUUUAUACCGAUUGGAUGAAAGAAUCUACCGUUGAAAUGAGGGACGACGGCACUGUACCAGUAAAUAAGCAUCUAAGAACGAACGUGGAGAACGUGUACGCUGGAGGCGACAUAGCCUACGCACCGAUAUAUGGAUCCGACGACAAGUUAGCUGCGAUAGGCCAUUAUUCUUUAGCUCAUUAUCACGGCAAGAUUGCGGCUCUAAACAUAUGUGGUAAAGAAACCGCUUUGAAUACUGUGCCGUUCUUCUGGACGAACUUGCUGGGUAAAAACUACAGAUACGCAGGCCAUGGGAAGCCUACUAGCAUAAAGAUUCUUGGCUCACUGGACAAACUGGAGUUCUUCGCCUACUAUUUUAAAGAUGGCAAAGUAAUAGGGAUUAGCAGCGUUAACGCCGACCCAGUCGCGUCAGACUUUGCGAAUAUGCUCUACGAGGGGAGGACACUGACAGAAGAAGAGAUUAAUAAAGAUCCGUUUGGCUGGAUGCGAAACAAGCCCAAGGAUGUAUCGACCCGGUUUCAAGAGAGCCUUCUAAUCAGCGUGCAAGCUUGAGUCGGUCUAUUACAAACAGUACGAUGUAAUUCUUGACAACAAUAACGUCGCAGUAUUAGUCCCAACUUUUAUUUUGUACAUUCUGAAUGCACCUCGUUAGACGUAACUUAUGUAUUUCAUAAAUAUAUAGCUAAUACUUGAUGUAAUAUAUUCGAUAUUGUGCAUAGAAAGAGAUAAUUAAAUGUCGCCGUUGACUGCG